CUUACAGUAGCACCGUAAAGUCCGGAGUCUCCAGGUUUUGGCUCACCAGGGUAUAAACGGAAGCAUGUUUUUCGUUGAUGAUUGAUUGAUAUAUUAUUCUAUCGGACUAUAUCACCAGUCGGACGGUUUUCUCAUACCAAUCCUUGAUUUUUCGUUGGAACUUCCUCCACCUCCUCCUCCUCAGUAAAACACAAACAUGCCAGGACAGUUCGAUACCACGAUAUGGCCACCGACGCCGAUCCCAGCGUCGACCAAGAAAUUGAUCGCUCGACUCUUUGACCUUUGCGACACCAACGACUCUACCAACGGCGUCAAUCUGGCCGAAGAAGUUUUUACCGCCGACGGACAAUUUCUCACGGCCAAUGGUGGUUUUGAGGGCAAGGAUGAAAUCUCCAAAAGUCGAUCUGCUGCUUGGGAUGUCGUCACUUACCGUCGUCACAUCGUCGACAGGGUUUACCCAGGCGACAAAGAAGGAAACGACUUGAUCCUGACGGGUAAAUUGGAGACUCGGACAAAGGACUCCGGUCAAGGAACGACCGUCGUCGAGUUCGCCGCCAGAGGAAUCGUCCGAGGACAAAAGUUGAAGUUGUGGCAUGCGUACGUAGGAAAUAGUACCAAGGCUUGA